AAAUAAGAAACUUGAUGACGAAAGCAUGUUAGAAAGAAAUUGGUUGUUGUUUAGAAAGAAACUGGCUGUAAAAUAGUCAAACUGCAUACAUACGUACCUUGUGUGUACACGUCUAGUCUAUACAAAGAUACAACUUUUACAUCGGUACACACAAAGGUGAACGCGGUUUGGAUUUCCAAUAAGAAAGGUGUCAUACGUUCGUGAAAAUGUAGAAUAGAAUUGGAGAAAACUGUGUCCACAUGGUUUGGCCCAUUUCUCCAUUAAAUCUUUCAAAGAGAGCAAGAAUUAGAGUUCCUUACUUUACGCCCACAAUUCGUCGAACUGUUAAACGGUACCAUAAUAUGGGAGUCCCUUUGAACUAAUUCUUCUGCUGUCCAAACGGAUGAUCACCUACGUAAAAUGUUCCUAGGUGGCUUAACGCCAAAUACAAAUGAAGAUAUGAUUCGAAACUUUUUCUAUCAGUUUGGUGAAAUAGAAGAUAUAAUUAUUAUGCGGGAUACAGCAACAAAGCGCUCAAGAGGUUUUGGAUUUAUAACGUUCAAAUCUUCUGAAAGUGUUGAUAAGGCCCAAGCAGCUAGGCCACAUGUUGUUGAUGGAAGAACGAUUGAUACAAAACGGGCACUACCACGUUCCGCAGAAGCUGCAAAAAAUGAGGCUAAUGGUUCUGUAAGAAAAGUCUUUGUUGGAGGUCUAAAAGAUUACCAUGACGAAGAAGCUCUUCGAGAGUAUUUCCAACAAUUUGGUAAAGUUGUAUCAAUAAACAUUCUUGUCGACAAAAACACCGGGCGUAAGAGGGGGUUCGCUUUCGUAGAAUUUGAUGAUUAUGAUGCUGUGGAUAAGGUUGUGCUAAGGAAAACCCAUACUAUUAAGUACAUGUUGGUAGAUGUGAAGAAAUCAAACUAUAAACAGGUACAGGCAAGAAGAUUGGCACUUCAACAGCAACAACAAAACGGCAAUGGAACAGUUCCAGCUCCAGUUGGAGAUCCUGCAGCUGUCGGAACAUAUCCCCCCUCAACCUAUCCUCAAACAGCUUAUAGUUAUCCGCCUCCACCACAAACGUAUGCAAAUUGGGGCUAUCCUCCUGCACCAACGGCAAACAGUUCAUAUACUCAACCACCUGCAGGAUAUGGUGCCUAUGCGCCUCCUCCAGUACAAGCAGCUGCCCCACAACAGUCAUGGAACGGAUAUGCUACUGCUCCUACUUCGUGGAGUCAAGGAAACUACAGUGCUCCAACUACUAAUACGUGGAAUGGUACUCCAGCACCACCCGCCCCAAUAAACUAUAAUACACCGCCCGCCACAAAUGGCUGGAAUUCAGCAACACCGGCAGCAAUACCUCCUACUACACAACAAUUUGGCAAUUAUCAGCAAUCCUAUAAUGGCGGCCCCCAAAAAAACAAUAGUUUGCAAGGGAAUCGUAUGAAUCCGUAUACUGUUUAAAUCAUGGAAGUCCUUUCUCAGAUAUCUUUAAUAUGUAUUUUCCUUAUGUACAACCUAAUUAAGAUUAUGUAAUGAAGUUCUAAUGAAAACAUGUGAUGUUAACCCUAACAACAAGCAGCAGCCACCCUUGAUGACAACAGUUGGCGUUAAAAUUAAUGAAUAUUAUUACCUCGAGAGAUCGUUCUACGCGCCAAGACGUGUUUAUCAAAAUUCUUGAGCAAUUGGAUGCCAACAUUAACUAUCUUUAAGAGAAAAAAAAAUCAUUUUUGAACAGUUUCUUGUAUCUAAAUAAGAUUAUUAAAUAUAUAAAUUUAUAUUAUAUUAAAACAAAAAAUAA